UCAUAGCGUCGCGAGAGGCAGCGGCCAGUAGCACGCGGGCCGCCACAUCGCGAGCACGCGACCUGCACUCUGCCACGCCGAGGAUGAAGAGCGCGUCUGCGCCGGACAGCGAGGAGCAGGAGCUGGUGGUGGUGCGCGUGAGGGACGGCCAGCUGCGCGGCCGCCGCAGGGCCACGGUGUGGGGGCUGCCCUUCUGCAGCUUCCAGGGCGUGCCCUACGCCCGCCCGCCUGUCGGGGACCUCCGCUUCAGGGAGCCUCAGCCGCUGGAGCCGUGGUCUGGGGUUCGAGACGCGCUACAGGAGGGCGCCGUGGCUGUGAGCGUCCACCAUGACGACUUCUCAAUCGCCGUUGGCAACGAGGAUUGCCUCUACCUCAACGUUUACACACCACAGCGGGUGCCGGGGGACGGCGGGCGGCUGGCGGUGAUGGUGUGGCUGCACGGCGGCGGCUUCGUCUGGGGCAGCGGCAGCGCCGACUGCUACGGGCCCGACGUGCUCAUGCACGCCGCCGUCGUCCUCGUCACGCUCAACUACCGCCUCGGCGUGCUCGGCUUCCUGAGCACGCAAGACGAGGUGGUGCCCGGCAACAUGGGCCUCAAGGACCAGGUGGCGGCCCUCAGAUGGGUACGUGACAACAUCGCCAGCUUUGGUGGCGACCCAAACAACGUCACCAUCUUUGGCGAGAGUGCGGGCGCUGCCUCAGUCCACUACCAUCUAUUGUCCCCGCUCUCCAAAGGAUUAUUCCACAAGGCUAUAAUGCAGAGUGGUUCAGCCUUAAGCAUGUGGGCAGCAGCAGAUGGAAUCCGCGAGAAAAGUUUUAAACUGGGAGAGCUUCUGGGCUGUCAUACUGACAGCAGUGAGGAGCUUGUUCAAUUCCUCCGAGGGGUCGACCCUCACAAGCUUGUUGAAACAUUCCCCAAAGUUGUUCCUGAAAAGGAACAAAUGGGAGCUUUGACAGUGGCAUUUGUUCCAUGUGUUGAGAAGGAACACUCAGGUGCUUUCUUGACAGAAGAACCAUUGGUACUGAUGACUCAAGGACGUUUCCACAGAGUGCCAGUUAUUGUGGGUGGAACCUCCGGAGAAGGAAUUGCCAUGCUUGCACUUACUGGAAUUCUAAAGGAUACAGAAAAAAUGGAUUUCAUGAUUGACAAUUUUGAAUUAGUGUUUGGUGAUAGUCUUCUUAUAAAAGACCUACAUACAAGAAAAGCAGUUUGUGAUAAAUUAAAACAAUUUUAUUUUGGCAACACAUCACCAGAUGAUCGCUAUAGGAGGCUUGUUUUGAUGUGUGCAGACCUUCACUUCAAUAUGGGGUCAGACAUAACCGCUAGACUCAUCGCAUCUACACCCAAUCCACCUCAGAUUUAUCGUUACCAGUUUUCCUUUGAAAGUGACCUAGCACUUACUUCCAGAAUGGUUGAUCGCAGAUUUCCAGGUGCUACUCAUACUGCUGAACUUUGCUACUUAUUUUUGUUUGCUGAUAACAGGCAAGACAUUAAUAAAGACAGCCACCAACAUACUGUUCGCUCCAUUAUGGCUUCUCUUUGGACAAACUUUGCCAAAACUGGUGAUCCAACAUACGAAUUAAAUGAUGUUGUGACAGAGCACUGGCCAGCCUACACAUUAGAAGACCCUGCAUUUGCAGACAUUGGACAGGAACUGAAAAUCAAAAGAAAUAUUAACAGCCAGUACUUCAAUUUCUGGUGGGAUACAUACUAUCCAGCACGUCUUCAAUCUGCUAAACAAUGACUAUCUAAAAUCAACUGAUGAAGGCUCUGUUGAUUUUGCUUGUUUAAGUUUCUCAACUUUCUCUCCAUCUUUCUGUUCGCAUUUCCUGUUUAAAUGUUUCAUUCGAUUAAGAUAGAAAGGAAUGUGCUGCAUUUGGUUAUGAAAGGAUACUCAUUUCGCAUUGAAAACCAGCACAAAAACAAAACAAAAAAUCAUACAAAUAAAUUAUUAUUCAAAUGGAUCAUCACUUUAGUGCUUCAGAAAACAGAAUGACCUCAUAUGGAUCACUGUUUAAAUGAUAAGUUCAAACCAUCUUUUUAAAGGAUUGUAAAAAACAAACAAAAACAAUUUUAUUGGAGUAACUGAAUUUGAAAAAAAAAUCACACAUUUUGCAUGGAAUAUAGAACAAAUGAGAGAGAGAGAGAACACAUUCAUAACGGUGAAAGGUCAAGAUGUAAAGUAUGUGAAGUGCAUCUCUUGGAAACCAUCUAACAGAGAUGUCCAUGCUCGAAUAAUUUGGAAUCAAAAUGUUAUCAUUUACCAGUUGUAACAGAUAAAUUUCACCAAGUACAUUAUUAAUCUUAUUUUACAUAUUUAUAGUUACUGGAACAAAAUUAAUUUAUUUAACAUUCAUGUAGUACAGUAGCACCUAACUGACAUGACUGUUAGUACCAAGUGUUUCUGGAGCCCUUAUUAGACAAAGAAAUUAAGCUAUGUAUACUGACGAACAGUAUCAUAGUAAUGUGUGUCACCAGUACAAGUAAUAGGGGAAAUGGAGUUAAUGAAUCUGAAAUAAAAUUUCCAAAUAGAAAGCACAACCAUAAUUUUUUAAAAUGUAACUUCACACACAAAAAAUUAAAAUCAUUGUAGAAAAGUAAUUUUCAAAUGAACUUUAAAGAUUGAGGUAAAUAAUCAGCACAAUGUCACAUAAAACUGAAAUUAGACCAAAUGAAACUAAUCAGUUUAUCAUAUCAAUGAAAAUAAUCAAUGUUUGAAAAUAUAAGCUAUUUGGAUGGAUAAAAAAAUCUAUUCACCAAGUAGCAGCAGGAGGAAACACAUAUAAAGGAUAUGAAAAUAUGCAACCUUUUAGAACCAGUGGCUCCUUCUUCUGGUAGAAGACUUGAAAGGUAGAAAAGAGGGAUGGAGGAAAGGGAAUGGUGAGGCUUAGAACAUGGGGAGACUUAUGGAAAAGUCAAAAAGAAUCCUGGGUCAAGGGAGACUUACCGCAGAUGGGAUGAGAAGGAAAGACAGAUUGUUGGUACCAGACAAGAUUUUAAAACUAAAAGAUUGGACAACUUUUCGGUAACUCUCCCCAUUUCCUAAAUCUCAUCAGUCCUUAAACUUCAUCCCUCUUCUUUUACCUUCAACUCCUCUGCAAGAAGAAGAAACCAUUGACUCCAAAACCUUGCAUAUUUGCUUAUCUUCUAUAUGUUUUUUCUCUUGCCUUCACUUGGUGAGUAGAUUUUUUAUCCAUCCAGUAAUAAUCAUUUUAUCAGUAACUCCACAUUCUGUGAAACUAUUUCUUUCCAAACUAAAUUUUCAACUGACAACCUCCAAAUAUUGAACAAGAUGUAAUAAUAUUCAGAUUCCUAACAUAUAAACAAAUUUUAAGUACUCGGAACACAUAAGAUAAUUUAAUCAAAAUCUCUAUCUUAUCAUCAGGUGAACAUAACAUUAGAUGAAUGAAUCAUUUGAAUACAUUUAUUUUCUUUUUUAAAAUCUGAAAUCACUGUUUUUAAAUAGUUAUGGGCUUCCUUAUUUCCAUUACAUAAGUUGAAGUUUUGUGAGCUAGUGGACAGUGAAGGUCACAGCUAAGUCAACAGACUCAUACCUCAUAUCAAGUGACAGCUGCAUAAUGUCCUGUAGACAGAAACAGUUCUAUUUUGAAAAUUAGUUCAUAUCACUCAUAAGAUGACAGAAACUGAGUUCCAUUUACAACAGAAAACAUUUAUGGCAGUGGCUGGAAGUAUAACAUCUUCUCAAGGAAUACAGACAUCAUUUACAAUGUUUGUUAGUUAGUUUCAUCAUCCAUGGAUCAUGUGCAUGAUAAAUCGUAAUGAUGUGGAAUGAGUCAUUUUACACUCACAUGGCAAACUAAUUUCUAAGAAUGACUUUAAUGUAGCAAAUUCAGGGAAAGAGGUCCUGAAAGAGCACUUAGAAGACACAGAGAUAGUUUCUUUCAGGUUGCACAGUUGCUUGUUGAGAAUGAAUGUGCCACUCAGAAAAUACACACAAUGAAAGUACUUUUAGUCAGUAACAAAUGUCUAGAAAAGCUAAUGUAAAACAAGGGUAAUAUGGUGACCAUUUUCAUUUCACAUAUUCAUUGAACAUAGGAGGAGGAUGGAACUGCACAAAAUGAAUAUGCUUUGUGCAUCAUUAAGCAAUUAUGAUUAAAAAUGAAACCAGUGCUGGAAUUUUCAAAACAUAUAGCAGAAAAAAAACAACUAUCCUCUUAUCUGAUCUGUGGAUUUGUCUUAGAUCAUAGGUAAUGGCAUUCACAGGUCAUUACAUGAUGCCAUCCUGAGUGCACCACAUUUAAUGAAAGAACAGCUUGUUCCUUUCAGUAUGAAUAUAGCAGUAAUCUCUAAUUUUUAUUAAGGGACUAAAAUCAUUCCUGGUCACUAUCAAUUGAAUUCACAGCUUGAACUAAGGGUAAGUGCAGUUCACAUCCAACAUUCUUAUUGUUUCUUUUCAGUCAGUAAUCUGAAGCCAUUUGAUAUGCUUUAAAGUUUUGAGAAAGAACAGGAAAAUUAGUGAUCUCAUACUUAGCUGCUGAAUUAAAUAGCUGUUUUAAAAUGUCAUGCUGAUCUCAUUGCCAAAUUCUAAUGGAGUUGAUAUGCAAAGCCUGUCAUCAAUUACUUCAUUGGUACCCCACCAGGAAUUGAACAUGAGACUGCUGGGUGUGAAGUGUGAAACAUAGACACCGCUCCAUAAAGAAUCAAUCGAGUUAACAAAUGUAUCUCCAAUUGUGUCUCAUGUUAAUAGCACUGACAGUAGAGUUAGCACAGAAAUACUCCAAAAUGCAACAGAGAGAACAAAACUUUUUGUUUUAUAUACUUCUAUGAAGUUUAUAAAGUACAAUAUUUGAAAUGUAGCUCAUCCACAUGUGUUGUGUGCAUUUCAUGUAUUAAUGGAUUAUUAAAUUAGAGUACAGCUUCUACCAAAGUGAAAUUGUAAUGCUGUGAAAUGGCUGUGUAAUAUUACCUUGCAUGUGAAAAACUAAUAUUUUUACAAAUGGAAAUAAAAUAUAUUUAUUUUUACUUUUCUAUA